AUGCCAUCCCAACGACCGGCCUUCCUGUCCACAUUCUUCGCCGCCUUCCGGCAACAGUCGCCCUCCCUCUCCACCGCCACCCCGCAGCAGCAGGCCGCCAACAAGCACACCUCUUCCUCGUCUCCCUCCGCCGCCGGCGCCGGCCCCUCUUCCUCAUCGUCUCCGCACCACCACCAAGCAGCAGGCCCCGCCGGCAGCAUAGCAAGCCAGCUGCAGUCCCAGUCCCAGUCCCAGUCGCGGCCGCACUACCAGGCGGGCGGCGGCGGCACCGCAACCACCGGCGGCGGCGGCGGCGGUGCCACCACCACCACCUCGUCGAGCAUACCGAUACCGCACGGCGGCCGGCGGCGCGGCAGCGACAGCAGCAGCGAGGGGUUCCGCGACGUGCUGGGCGCCGACAAGUGGUACAUCGGCGGGCGCACGGCCGCCGGCGAGGAGAAGUUCUUCAAGCUCGGCGUCGUCAGGCGCGUCAAGAGCGGCGACCGGCUCAGCCUCGACCGCCUGAGCCUAUAA